CUUCCUGGGUGUAUUUCUGUGCCUGAGCCCCUCCUCUGGUCGGUUUGGCCGCUGGAGGUUGAUGUCGCUGGCAGAGUCUUCAGGACAGGACACAACUAGGUAGAGCUGGCCAGGGAGGAGGAAAAAGGAAAAAGUAGGCGAUGUUGCAGCUAGGAUCCUGUUUAUGGACGCUGCGGGCAGGCUGCUGAUAACAGUCCGGUGGCCUUGUAGUUGCUGUGAAGCUGAAAGGUUAGGGUAGUCUCAGAGCCGCAGUAGUAUUUUUAGAUCUCUUCUUUUGAGGUACACAAAAAUGUCGUCUCCAAGUCCGGGCAAGAGGCGAAUGGACACCGACGUGGUGAAACUCAUUGAGAGUAAACAUGAGGUCACUAUCCUGAGUGGAUUGAAUGAGUUUGUGGUCAAAUUCCACGGACCACCUGGAACGCCAUAUGAAGGAGGUGUGUGGAAGGUUCGGGUGGAUCUACCAGAUAAAUACCCUUUCAAAUCACCAUCAAUAGGAUUCAUGAACAAAAUCUUUCAUCCCAACAUCGAUGAAGCGUCAGGAACCGUGUGUUUAGAUGUCAUCAACCAGACAUGGACAGCUCUCUAUGACCUCACCAACAUCUUCGAGUCCUUCCUCCCUCAGCUGCUCGCCUACCCCAACCCCAUCGAUCCUCUGAACGGGGACGCCGCCGCCAUGUACCUGCACCGGCCGGAGGACUACAAACACAAGAUCAAAGGUAGCACACCAACACCUGACUCUCUCUGCAACUUUACAAUGCUAGUUUCAUGGGGUUUUAUACGCUCUGUUUUUUAAUGGUGGUGUGUUCAGGAGCAUUGAAGUGAAGGUGCUAAGAUGGUGUGCACAGUUUAAAGAAUCCACGUUCUCUGUAAACAGGUUUCUGUGAAAAUCCAGCAAGUUAAAGGCUGUGGCAGAUUUAAAAACUGUUAUGGGACUUGUUUUGUUGUACUUUUCAAACCCUUUUCCUGUUCCUUACAAAAGUAUUAAUAUCCCUUGAACUUUUCUACGUUUUGUAAAGCUCCAACAACAAACUUCAAUGUAUUUUAUUGGGGGUUUAUGUGAUAGACCAACACAAAGUCAGGCUUCAUUGGGAAUGAAAUGGAAGAAUGAAUGGCUUACAAACAUUUUAGCAAAUCUGAAAAGUGUGGCAUGAAUUUGUAUUCAGAUACCCCUAGAUUAGAUCCAGUACCACCAACUGGUUUCAGAAGUCACAUAAUUAAUAAGAUCUAGCUGUGUUUAAUUUAAUCUCAGUAAUAAUCCAGCUGUUCUGUGGAUAAUUUGUCAGAGAACAUCAGUGAACAAACAUCAUCAUAAGGACCAAAGAACACAGCAGGCAGGUCAGGGAGAAAGUUGUGGGGAGGUUUCAAGCACUUAGUUUUUAAAGCAGUAUCUCAAGCUUUGAACAUUUUAAAGAGCACUAUUGAAUCCAUCAUCUCCAAGUGGGAAGUGUAUGAAACAACUGUAAACCUACCAAGACGUCACUGUCACCUAAACUGACAAGUCAAUGUUAAAAGAAAGCUAUAAGAGGUCCUGGUUGCAGUUUGUCACAAGCCCUGAGGGGAACACGACAAACAUGUGGAGCAAGGUGCUCUGUUCAGAUGAGAUAAAACUGAGCUGUUUGUCCUACAUAAAGCUGAUAUGUGUGGUGGAAAACUAACACUGAACAUCACCCUGAACACAUCAUCCCACGGUAAAUAUGGUGGUGGCAGAAUCACGAUUAUUCAGCGGGGAACAGGGAAGCUGGUUGAUGGGAAGGUGGAUUGAGCUGAAUGCAGGAGAUUACAGGGAGAUAACCUGUCAGAAGCUGCAAAAGCUUAUAGACUGAGGUGUAGAUUCACCUCACUCCAGUAUAUUGACCCUGUACACACAGCUAAAGCUACAAUCGCACAGUUCAGUUCAAAGCAUAUUCAUGGCUUAUGAAUGGCCUAGUCAAAACCAUAUGCACGCCACACUUUUCGAGCUUUUUUUGUUGACUUUUUUGGCAUAAUUUUCUUUCUUUCUUUGGGGCUGUAUUGUGACAAAAUGUCAAGACGUUCGAGAGGUCUGGAUAUUUUUGCCAGGCGGAGUAUUUGUGACUGGAGGAGGGUAAUGUUCCACCUCCUGAAGCACAUGAGGUUGUCCUAUGUGUAUGACAGAUGUGAUGCUGCUGUGGAUGCUUGUAUGGACUUAAUCCGUUUGUUUCUUCCAGAGUACAUCCAGAAAUACGCCACAGAGGAGGCUCUAAAGGAGCAAGAGGAGGGCAGGGGAGACUCCUCCUCCGAGAGCUCCAUGUCAGACUUUUCCGAGGACGAGGCUCAGGACAUGGAGUUGUAGUGAAGGCGGAGCGAUCCUCCACCCCACAACAGACUAUCAUUUCCUAAAGAGCAGAAACUUAGUACUAUAUUCGUAUUUAAACAAACAGGACAGUUUUUUUACAGUAACGCAAGGAUUUUUAUUGCUAUUCGAGGUUUUGCAGUAUGAAAAACGAACUCAUGUUUAGGAAAACUUCACCAUCUGCUCCGCGCUCUUCCUCUUCAUCUUCAUUCAGGGAGAUCAGAAUGAAAUGCUGUUUUAUCUUCAGCUGACCUUUGGCGAUCUCAGCCCGAGAUUUUCACUAUAAAACUGACGCAGGACGACACUCAUCAACACAUUUUUGACAUCUUUUUACUUUUUUCUGUUGCCCUCUUCGUCUCUGUUGAAGGCAGAGCUGGGUGACUGAAAAUAAAAAUUGGGAAAACAUUUUAUUAUUUUCUUUUUUUAUCGACCGCCACCGAUGAGGAGCUGCAAUCAUUACAAUCACUGCUGUCAAAGGAUGCAAAAGCAGCAGGACACGGGGUGCUCAUGUUUUCAGUGGAAAGGCUACAGACGGUGUUUCCAGGACUGCAGAGAGAUCGCACCAGAGUGUGCAUGAAUCUCAUCCUCUGAUGUCCUGUGUUGCUCUGGUCGCUGAUGAUACUCAGCAGGAAUCGGGGAGAAAUGUCCAUAAUCGGAAUCUUCUGUUUUCCAGCACCCACCUUCUCCUCCUCCUCCUCCUCCUCCUCCUCCUCCUCUCCGUUUUAGGAAAGUGUUUGCCAUUCUCUGAGUAUCUUUGUGUGGUGUGGCAUGGCACAGAAGUGUAUUGGGCUUUGUGGAGCUGUAUCGCUGUGGGCAUGAAAAAGACACCUCUGUCUGUCAGGGGUCUGUGGGGAUUACUGUUGAACUUAACUUUGCCUAUUGCUUGUGUUGAACUAUAAUAGGUGUCAGACAUGCGUAGGGAUAGUUAGUUUCUUUGCAGGUGGUGAAUCCUAUCAUGAUGUAUGGUUUAAUACUUAUAUAAUAACAAAAAAUGCUUUUCCUGUUAAAGAAGUGGAGUUAAAUCCUCUUCAUCUGCUGAACUAACCCCUCCAAAGAGAUGUUGACCCUCUGCACCUCCUCGUGUAAAUGUAUCCAUCACAUCUGGUUAUAGUAGCGCUCUUUGUUUCAGUUGAAUCACAUUUACCAUUUAAAUGCUGUUGGUAGCAUGUUUUUCCAAAAAUGACGGGACCAAAAGUUUAAUUAUUUGAUGUCCCCUCCAGUGUUGAACUCUAAAAACACUUAAAAGAAAUCUUGAUUUAUUUCUGCAAAGCUUUAUGCAUCUGUAGGCGACCGAGCGGUGAAGAUGUCUCUGUUAAAUGUGAUGCUGCUGCUGCUCUGAUCUGGGUUUUAGUCAAGCUUAAACCAUGUUGUGGAUCAGACUGUUUUUUCCGUUAAGAAAACAAGAAUAACGGCAGCUUCAAUAAAAAGGGUCAUUUCUUGUUAUUUGAAGGGGAAUUGAUCGUAAACAGACCUCAUUAAAACACCCCUGAUUAGCCUUCGUACCAAAUAGACUGCAUGUCGGUGUUAGUCUUAGAACAACAUGAUGUCAAAGUUUUCAAAUGCAACAACAACAGAAGAAGAGAACCACUGUCCUGGCUCUUUGGAUGCCAUCAGGAUUCAUCGCUGUAUUUCUUUUUUUUAUUAAUGCAACACAUGUUUGACCCCUAUGAUUUGUCUGAAUGUGUUUAUUUUAAAAUUUUAAGCCCUACUUGCAGGAUGAAGAUCCAAGAUAUCCCUGAUUUUAAGAUGGCCAAAAAAAACAAAUCAAUAAAUGUGCUUCCCUUGUAACUCGAAGAAAGAAAUAAACAAAACAAAAAACAAA